GAGCCGCCGAGGUGUAAGGAGGUGUGUGACUGGGGUGUGAGCGUUCGGUGCACGGUGCGCGGUGGAACGGUGUGGUGUCGAGAGGGGAGUACACGAGAGGACUUCACGGAGCCACGCAAUCAUGGGUGUGAGCUGCCGGCGCCGGCGCCAUGAAGCACGUGCGGACCACGCCGGGCCCGGCGGCCUCCUCUAGGCCCGUCGACUGGGCGUCCCCGCGCACCCCGCGCUCCGUGCGUCUGGUGACCACGGGAGUCAGUGUGCGCAGCAGGACUGUGUCGACGACACCCACCCGGCGGCCGCUGGGGGCAGACAGGGGCGCCAGGAGCGCCCACCGGACGGCUGGCGGCUCUCCGAGUAAGCCGCGCACGGUGUCCACUCCCCGCUCGGGCUCCGUGCACCGGGACAUCUCCAGCGGCCGGCCGGCGGCGCUGCGCAGCCUCUCGGCCCGGCCCCGGGAGCUGGUCAGAGCCAGCGCCGCGCGGCCCCUCGAGCUCGUGCGCGCCGGCUCGGCCCGGGGGCGCUCAGCGGCCGCUGACGCUCUGCCGCCGCCCAGGGCCCGGCAGCUGGCGGCCAAUGUGACCGUGCGCCCCAAAAAGCCGCCCCGAUCGCCGGUCAAACGCCUGCGGGCGUCGCCGGUCAAAAAACUGGCGAGGUGAGGUCAACGAUAAGUGGUGAUGCUUUGUGCUAAAAGUACAUGGCUAGGUGUGUUGAUUGGGGGUGGGAGGGAAUGGGUUUGAUCCGUAGUAUAAGGUGGAUAUAGGACGGAUAAUGCUGCUGCAGAUAUAGUUUGCGGGCUUAGGAAGUUUAUUUGGUUUGCGGGCUGCAAUAGUACGCACUUGGGGUAGAGCUCAGGGGCCUGCUCAUCAGUGCAUGGUAUGUGAGGUGUCAUUUAGCUGUGGUGUCAUUCAGCCAGUCUUGAUGGGACCUUCACUUUAGCUCAGCAGUGCUUAGUCAUGGAAAGAAACUGAUGUUGAGCCUUCAGCGGGUGCAUGUUUGGGAUAAUGUCUUCAUCUAAACUCUAAAGCCAGGGUCAACGUGGAAUAUUACCGUCGAGUCAUUGCUGACCAAUUUGUCCAGGGGUCGCUGUUCUCAGUGUACCAUGCAUCUGAUGACCUUGCUCUGACGUUCUCAACAUGCCUGGUGCGGUGGUGUGGGGUCGCGGCACCCGGAGGUCACCAUCCCAUCCCCUCACUAGUCACAAUCCCUCUGGCGGCACGGCGCGUCGUCAAAUGAAGGACUCGGCGACGGCGCGGGAUACGCGAGCGGUCUGCUGACGAGUGGCGGGUUACCGAUUAGUGGAACGGUGAUCGCUGGAGUGAUGAUGCGCGUGGAUUAAUUCGUGAAGCGAAGAGACGAAAGCGAGCGACGAGUGAAGCGUGCUGAACUAUGAUAUCGAUCGCGGAUUCAGCAUUUGUGGCGGAUGGACGGUCGGAAGACUGCAGGUGUGGAUAGUGCUGCCACCUGUGGCGUGGCCUGGGAAGCUGUGGUUUAGGCAGCUCUGUAAAGAUGGCAGGAUGUGCUAGCCGUCUUCCGUACCAGCUGACUGGAAGCAGAAGACAAAUGUCAUCACCGGCCACUGCCUCUGCUGCUUCCUCCUGGAGCCUUUUCCAGGUGAGUGUGCUGUUCGAACAGCAACAAAGGCUUGCCUUUUGUGGAGCUGAAGCAUAGAGUUCAUCGAAUAUUUGCUCAUCCGCCAUCGCAAUAGCUAGACACAGCUUCCAUGUUGUAAUUUAUGCUCGGGAUAAAUUACAACAUAAUCCG